UUAAAACCAAAAUUGUGCCUACUGUUCAACGACGCGCUUUGCGUUAAUUUAUUUUUUCGUAUUAUUUGUUUUUAUUUAGGUGUAAUAAAUGUAUUGUUGUGUAAUAUUGACAAAUUCCAGCAUUUAACUUGGGUGUUAGUUGUAUAUAAUGUGCGACAGUGAUGACCCGAACGAUCACAGUAGGUCCGGCAUGGACCUGACUGGUUUCUUGUUUGGAAAUAUCGAUGAAAGCGGCCAACUGGAGGACGAUGGGCUGCUGGACGGAGAUUCUAAGCGAAUGCUGUCCUCACUAACACGUUUGGGGCUUGGUUCUAUGCUAUCAGAGGUAUUGGAAGAAGAGGAACCUGUUGAGGAUGAUGAAGAGAAAGAUUAUGCCCAAAAAAGUCCUUCUGCUGUGGAUUUUUUUGAUAUUGACGAUGUGGCAGAGGAAGAAAAGGAGGUAGAGCGCAAUGUAGAGCCUAACAAUAGAGGGGAGACUGAGUUUGAUCCAAAAAUUGAGACGAGUGUCCAAGAGGAUUUUGCAGUGGAUUUAGAUUUUAAAAGCGAUUUUCCACAGACUGAUGUUAAAGAAAACUGGAAAGACGAUUAUGAGAAUGAAUCGGAACAACGUAAUAAUGACGAAGGUUAUGAAGGAGAUAUGGAAGGCGAUGGGGGACUCAUGCCACCACCGUCUACUGUGCCGAAACCUAAAAGUGACAAGCAAAAGAAAUUGGACACUCCACUCGCAGCUAUGUUGCCCUCUAAAUAUGCUAAUGUUGACGUUACCGAAUUGUUUCCAGACUUCAGGCCGGAUAAGGUAUUAUUGUUCACACGUCUAUUCGGACCAGGUAAAUUAUCCAGUUUACCACAAAUCUGGCGCGGGGUGAAAAGACGUCGUCGUCGCAAGCGCAGUGGCAGUACUGGUAGCGAUACCCCACAAUCCGCAGAGAUGCAAGAAGUUCAAUAUGCCAGUGACGAUGAAGAGAAAUUUUUGAAACCCAUGGAAGAAAACUCUCAAGCGUCACAAGGCGAUUUUAAUUCGCAAAAUUCUGGUGACAAAUCGCAAAGGCCAACGCCGGCACAUUGGCGCUUUGGUCCCGCUCAGGCUUGGUAUGAUAUGCUUAAUGUGCCAGAGACCGGCGAGGGAUUUGACUACGGAUUUAAGGUUAAGGCACCAUCUCCAGAAAGGGAAGAAAAACCGAAAGACAAGAUUGAAGGAGAACCGAACUCUGAUGUUAAUGAAAACGUGGGAAGCCCCGACAGUGGAUUCCCCGAUGACGCGUUCCUAAUGGUCUCCCAACUGCAAUGGGAGGAUGAUGUUAUAUGGGACGGUAGCGAGAUCAAACAGAAGGUUCUAGCUCGUCUUAACAGUAAAAGCAACGCUGCGGGCUGGGUACCAACAUCGGGCAGUAGAACAGCUCAACAGUUCUCCCAUCCCAGACCGCAACAACCCGCGCCUUUGCAAACGAAACCUACCAUAUCAACAGCUUCAUCUUCCACCAACAAUGGGACGAAUUCUGCUGAUGGAGAAGACAAUACUUGGUACAGCAUAUUCCCUGUAGAGAAUGAGGAACUUGUCUACGGAAAUUGGGAAGACGAUGUUAUAUGGGACGCUGAGAACAUGCCCAAAAUACCGAAACCUAAAAUACUUACGCUGGAUCCUAACGAUGAAAACAUUAUAUUGGGUAUACCUGAUGAUGUCGAUCCUUCGAAGAUUACCAGAGAACGAGGGCCACAACCGAAGGUUAAGAUACCCCAUCCUCACGUGAAGAAAUCCAAAAUAUUGCUGGGCAAAGCGGGCGUGAUCAACGUUUUACAAGAAGACGCACCACCUCCUCCGCCGAAGUCGCCUGAUCGUGAUCCUUUUAAUGUAUCUAAUGACGUGUACUAUCAGCCUAAAUCACAAAAUCCUCGACUCAAAGUGGGUGGAGGUCAACUCAUACAGCAUAGUACACCAGUGGUAGAACUUCGGGCUCCUUUCAUCCAAACUCAUAUGGGACCGGCUCGAUUGCGUGCAUUCCAUCGACCAGCUAUGAGGAAACUAUCGUAUGGACCACUGGCUGCGCCUGGACCGCAUCCAGUUCAACCUUUGUUGAAGCAUAUUAGAAAGAAAGCUAAGCAACGUGAAGCGGAACGUCUUGCGUCCGGUGGUGGUGACGUAUUCUUCAUGCGAUUGGCUGAAGACCUCAGCGGAAGGGAUGGGGAACUGAUCCUGGUGGAGUUCUGUGAAGAACAUCCACCCCUAAUAAGCCAAGUUGGCAUGUGUACCAAGAUCAAGAAUUAUUACAAGAGAACUGCUACCAAGGAUAAUGGACCAAAGUCACUUAAGUAUGGCGAAAUAGCGUAUGCCCAUACGUCACCUUUUCUCGGAAUUUUACCUCCAGGCACGACACAGUCUGUGGUUGAGAACAACAUGUAUCGCGCGCCUAUUUACGAACAUACAUUAUGUGUUAGCGAUUUUCUUGUCAUAAGAACAAGGCAAGCUUAUUAUAUUCGUGAGGUUGAUGCAUUAUUUGUAGCCGGACAACAGUGUCCACUGUAUGAAGUUCCGGGACCAAAUUCCAAGAGAGCGAACAAUUUUGUUCGAGACUUUUUGCAGGUAUUCAUAUACAGGCUGUUCUGGAAAUCCCGAGGAAACCCUCGCCGUAUUAAGAUGGACGACAUCAAACGGGCAUUCCCGUCUCACUCUGAAAGUUCAAUACGUAAACGUCUAAAGUUAUGCGCAGAUUUUAAGCGAACUGGAGAAGAUUCUAAUUGGUGGGUCAUUAAACCAGACUUUCGAUUGCCUUCCGAGGAAGAACUUCGGGCUAUGGUGUCACCAGAGCAGUGCUGUGCGUACUUCAGCAUGGCAUCGGCCGAGCAGAGGUUGAAAGAUGCCGGUUACGGGGAAAAAUUCAUUUUCACCCCACAGGAGGAUGACGAUGAGGAACUGCAACUAAAGAUGGACGAUGAGGUCAAAGUCGCUCCGUGGAACACAACGCGUGCCUAUAUCCAAGCGAUGCGCGGGAAAUGCCUUCUCCAGUUGACUGGUCCCGCCGACCCCACGGGUUGCGGCGAAGGUUUCUCCUACGUGCGUGUUCCUAACAAGCCCACUCAACAACCGAACGAAGAACAGCAACCUAAGAGAACGGUCACGGGUACUGAUGCGGACUUGAGAAGACUGAGUUUGAAUAAUGCUAAAGCUUUGCUGAGGAAGUUUGGUGUGCCGGAAGAAGAGAUUAAAAAGUUGUCCCGAUGGGAAGUUAUAGACGUGGUGAGAACAUUAUCAACAGAGAAAGCAAAGGCCGGUGAAGAGGGAAUGACUAAAUUCUCAAGAGGAAACCGAUUCUCGAUAGCUGAACAUCAAGAACGAUACAAAGAAGAAUGCCAGCGUAUAUUCGAGUUGCAAAAUCGCGUGUUGACUAGCACUGAAGUACUGAGUACAGAUGAGGCGGAAAGUUCUGUCAGUGAAGAGUCAGAUUUGGAGGAGAUGGGCAAAAACCUUGAGAACAUGCUUGCUAAUAAGAAGACUACUGAACAGCUAUCUAUGGAAAGAGAAGAAGCGGAAAGAGCGGAAUUAAGAAAGAUGAUUAUGGGACAGCAUGAAAAGAAACCGCAAAUAAAUCAACCUGACCAGCAAACGUCAAGUCAAGGCCGUGUACUACGUAUAGUACGUACAUUCAGAAACGCGUCCGGUCAACGUUACACCCGCUUGGAGUUAGUACGAAAAGCGGCCGUCAUAGAAGCGUAUACCAAAAUACGUUCAACCAAAGAUGACGCGUUCAUAAGACAAUUCGCUACCAUGGAUGAAACGCAGAAAGAGGAGAUGAAGAGAGAAAAGAGAAGAAUUCAAGAACAGUUAAGACGUAUCAAAAGGAAUCAAGAAAGAGAAAGACUCGCUGGAAAUGUCUUGGGCGUUAGUACUCCCUUGGGCGAUAGUAUGAUUUCUUCGACGAUGUCAGAUCUGGGUUCUCCGUCGCCUGGUUUGAUUCCUCUGGGUCAAAUUAAACAGGAGCCAGAUCUUCAUACGCCCUCUAGGAGACGAACAAAGCUGAAGGCCGACUUAAAGUUAAAGUGUGGAGCCUGCGGUCAAGUAGGUCACAUGAGAACCAACAAAGCUUGUCCUCUAUACACGGGCAGUGGUGCUCUUACGCCUGAGCAUGAUGAACCGGCGCCGGAACCCGACGACCUUGAUCUUGGAUAUGUUGACGGAACCAAACUCACUCUUCCGUCCAAGAUCAUCAAACAAUCAGCCGAAGACUUCAAACGCCGGAGAGGAAGCCAUCGUGGGGACGGAAUACGACCGGCCGGUCGUAAUCGUCGCCGGGGCACCGCGAGUGAAUCUUGUGAUUAUCUAGUGAAGAGACCAGCCGAAAGACGCCGAACUGACCCGUUAGUCACCCUUUCGUCUCUUCUGGAAGAUGUCUUGAACACUAUGCGCCAUUUGCCAGAUGUUCAACCGUUCUUGUUCCCGGUUAAUCCCAAGCUGGUCGCAGAUUACUACCGCAUCGUGUCACGCCCUAUGGAUCUGCAGACGAUUAGGGACAACUUGAGGCAAAAACACUAUCAAAGUCGCGAAGAAUUCCUUGCUGAUGUCAACCAAAUUGUUGAGAACUCCAAUCUUUAUAAUGGUCCUACCAGUAGCUUGACCGUUGCUGCACAGCGUAUGAUGCAACGCUGUUUCGAGAAGUUGGCCGAAAAAGAGGAACAGUUUAUGAAACUUGAAAAACAAAUUAAUCCACUUCUUGAUGAUAAUGAUCAGGUUGCACUGUCAUUUAUCUUCGAGAAUCUGUUGACAACAAAAUUGAAGAUAAUGCCGGAAGCGUGGCCCUUCCUGAAACCUGUGAACAAGAAGCAAGUAAAGGAUUACUACAACGUUAUCAAAAAACCCAUCGACAUGGAGACCAUUGGCAAGAAAAUUCAAGCUCACAAGUAUCACAGUCGCGAAGAGUUUCUUCGUGAUAUACAACUGUUAGUAGAUAACUGUCGUGCAUACAAUGGACCUAAUUCUCAAUUUACACGGCAAGCUGAAGCGGUGCUCAAGGUUACGCAGGAAGCUUUAGAACAGUUCGACGAGCACGUAAGCCAAUUAGAAGCCAACAUUGUCCGCGUGCAACAAAAGAUGUUAGAAGAGGCCGACCAAUCUGAUACAGAAGAUGAACCGCUACCUCACCAUUCUGACGAGAAACGUGGAAGAGGGCGACCCAGGAAACAUAAGCCGACCACCUCAACAUCUGCAGCUGAUGAUGCAACGCAAAGAAAACGCGGAAGACCGAAGAAAGAUCAGAACAGCCUUGUUGACGAUCUGGAAUACUCGGACAGCGGAAGUUCAGGACUUGAAGAGGUGGAAUCGAAGGACGUGGCCGAGGCAAUGGUACAGUUGCCGGUUCGUCCAGAAGACUUAUCUGGAGAGCCGAGUUUCGAUACAUCAGAGUUCCUCAUCAAACGUGAAGUUCCUGAUGAGCCACCCCAGAUGUCUGACGAGCUGGUUGACUUGGACCAACACAGCCGAGACUACACCUAUCCUGCGGUGGUGAAGGAGGAACCUAUUGAGCCCGAUUUGAAUCUGGAGCCGCCAAUGUUGGACAUUCCGCCCGUGGAACAUACGCAGUUUAAAGAGGAGCCGCUCGAAAACUGGCAGCCGGAUCCUGCUAUACAAGAUGACUUGCAGGUCACGGACAGCGAAGAAGAAGCUGAGGACGGACUUUGGUUCUAGCACUCGCAUAAUAUUUUUACAUGUGCUGUAUAUAUAUCAUAAUCGGGUUUUUGUAAGAACAUCUAGGGUCUAUUCUGUUAAUUAGUUAAAAUUAUA